UUGGGGCGGGCUCAUUCUCAGGCUGUUGAGAGCAUUACCAGUGGUGAGCCAGCUCUUAGCUGUCAGAAAGCGUUGAGUCUGCAGCGGAGGCACAAGCAGGAUAUGCCUCUGUUUGUGUUUUGUGCCGCAGCAGCACAGCUUCCAACCUUCAUUUUCCGACGACCUUAAAGGGCUCUCUUCUUUUUACCCAGCGUUGGAGCUGCCAAAAGAGGAGCUGAUAGGGACUGAAUAUCGGCUAAAACCGAGCUGUAUCUCUCUCUCUCUUCUAUUUCCUACUUCCUGUCCUUUGUUUUCAACCAGCAGAAUCCCUGACGGCACAGGCAAAACAGAUCUCACCAACAGUAACUACACGGUGGGAAUUCCGCGUGCAAAGCCUGCAACCUUAACGCAACCCCCAAAGCGACGUGUCAGCGGCGGAUCUGCAGUGAGCGAGUGUCCCAGACUGGAGAGGGCCCCCGCCACAUCGUGUGCGCGUGUGUUAGGAGGCUAAUGCCCGCGGUAGUGUGGCCAGCACCAGAGGAGGAUGAGUCCGGCUGUGGAGGCUCAGGCCCAGGAGGCCAUGGAUGCAGAGCAAAAGCAAAAGCAACAGCAGAACCAGCUGCAGAACCAGCUGCAGCACCAGCCGUGCUACAUGGAGAAAGGGGUGAUGCUUGAGCCCUUCGUGCACCAGGUCGGCGGACAUUCCUGCGUCCUGCGCUUUGGGGAGCAGACCAUCUGCAAACCCCUCAUUCCCCGCGAACAUCAAUUCUACAAGAGCCUGCCUUCAGCAAUGAGGAAGUUUACCCCCCAGUACAGAGGUGUGGUUUCAGUUAGCUUCGAGGAGGAUGAAGAAGGGAAUCUUUGCCUUUUCGCCUAUCCGCUCCACGGCGACCCCGCGUCAGAAGACCACCCAUCAGACUGUGAAGCCAAGAUGCUCCAGUGGGGGAAGAUGUUGACAUCCUCUCUGCUUGUGGACAGCGAAAAUUACAGCACAGAAGGCCGAAGCCGGCACUCUCGCAAAGACAAAGACAAGAGCACCCACAAGCUGCAGGAGGACAUGGAGCUGGAUUGGCUGCAGCAGGCUGAGGUGUUUCACUGCAGACUGGAGCAUACUCACAGUAACGCCGUCCCGCAGCUCAAACACAAUCCCUGGAGCCUCAAGUGUCACCAGCAGCACCUGCAGAGGAUGAAGGAGAACGCUAAACAUAGGAAUCAAUACAAAUUCAUUCUGCUAGAGAACCUGACCUGGAGGCACACUGUGCCAUGUGUGUUAGACCUGAAGAUGGGCACGAGGCAGCAUGGGGACGAUGCUUCAGAGGAAAAGAAAGCCAUGCAGAUCCGCAAGUGCCAGCAGAGCACGUCAGCCUCGAUAGGAGUUCGCCUCUGUGGCAUGCAGGUGUACCACUCUGACACAGACCAGCUGAUGUUCAUGAACAAGUACCACGGCCGCAAACUGACCCUCCCGGGCUUCAAAGAGGCGCUGUUCGAGUUCUUCCACAGCGGGCGGCACCUCCGCCACGAGCUGCUGUCCCCAGUGCUGAGCAGGCUCCGGGAGAUGCAGGCCGCCCUGGAGGCCUGCGAAUCCUACCGCUUCUACUCCAGCUCCCUGCUCAUCAUCUACGACGGAGCGCCCCACAGAAAACACACGCGGCGACGCGCCGAAGACGGCCACUCGGAGGACGAGGAGGACGACGACGAGGAGGAGGCGGAAGCCGAACCGGAAAUGGAGGAGGAAGAGGAAGAGGAGGAGGAGGGCGAAGAGGCCGGCGCGCUGGGCUUCCCCAACAGCCCUUCCUCAUCCAGCGACGGCAGCAACAUGUGCUCCAGCAGCAACGGCAGCAGCAGCGGCGGGAGCUCAGGCAUGGCCCAGUCCCUCCUGACCCAGACAGACCCCCGCAGUCCGGCCGUGGAUGUGAGAAUGAUAGACUUUGCUCACACCACCUGCAGACACUACCGCGAGGACAGCGUGGUCCACGAGGGCCAGGACACCGGCUACAUCUUUGGCCUCCAGAACCUGAUCACCAUCAUCUCUGAGCUGGAGAACCACAGCAGUGACCUAAGACUGACCUGAGCGCCGAGGCACAACAGCACAACUUUGGAGGAGCAGACUACACAAACCGGAGAGACUUUUCAUCUCAGGUCAUCCAAAACCUUGUAGCUUGCCUUUUCACAGGACCCUCUUCCCACUUGUGCCAGUGGUGCUUAUCUGACGUUGCCGUCGAGCCGGUCCUUCAUUUUGGGGUAUCAGAGACAUGCCUGCGAGUCACAUAGAAGAGCCAUCUGUGUGAAUGAUGAUUCACCCUGUGUCAUCGUGCUGACCUAACCCGCCUAACCAUUACCAAGCAGCCUGGCCCGCGAAUAAACCCGUUUGAAAUCUGAGACAGUAGAAUGUUUUCCUUGUGUAUGAUUUCCAAAGAAAGUGUCAUUUUGCACACACGCACUUGCACAGUGUGUGUUCAGACUGAGACGGAGCUACCUGAGGGAGUUGUGUGAGGAGAGAGACGAUGGGAAGAGGGGCGAUGAACUCACCAUUUUCCUUUUUUUUGCCUGCUCUUCCAUCAUUCCUUCCCAGCCCUUAUCUGUGUCAGAGAGAUGGUGUAGAGAUGUUUCAGAAAAAUGAACUCCAAUGAAGACAGAAUGUUUAUGGAAAGUAGUGCAUUCCAUCUCGUUGAUGUGACUAUAAUGAUAUUAAAAUUGUUAUUUGACAUGUUUGCAUACCUCUACCUUGUUAAUCUGUGUUGUCCGCGGUUUGUUAGAGGGAAAUUAAAACCUUGUUUGGUUUGUUGUAACCUCUGUCUCCUGUCACAUUUGCUGACGCAUGUAUCGCAAGUCAUCAGGAAGCACGUUAGGGUUUCCUGCCUAAAUGAAAUUUAAAUGUCACAGCAGUCAAAUUUGAUGUAAAUAUUCACAACAUGGGCCUGUUUCCUGGCUGGGAGAAUGAGCCAAACCUCCCCUUUCAGUCGGUGAUCAAAUAUUCAGUAAGGUCUCUACUGAUACCUCGGAAAGUAUGAGACGGCCCGACAUUCGAUACGGCAAAGGGUCGGAGG